AUGCCGCCAUUAACAAGCCGAGUCUAUUUAAUAAAUGUAACCCGAAAGAAUCUUUGCUUUCUCCACAUACUAUUCUUUGCAUCGCAGCUUCUCCUCAGCAUUAUACUGAUAUUUAAUCUUCCCUACAGACAGCCGGGGAUUAGUGUAGGUAAUAAGGAUAUUAAAAGAUACUUUUGGCAUCUUGGGAUACUCAGGUACAUUCGAAUAUAUCUAACUUUGAAGUCUCUUAUUACUGCAAAUAUCUACGGGUAUUUUGUUUCCGUCUGUCUAAUUUUGCAUAAUGAUUCAUUGACCAUUCUGAUGCAUGCGAUGGUGACUGGACUGGCGAAGAACCGUAGUUCAAUGAUUCUGGAGAUUGUAUUUAUGUUAUUAUGUAUUACAGAGCUUGUAGUUUGUAUAUCCUAUCUUAUCAUUAACAGAGCUGAUAUAGUGAUUCAAAAGUUUAAAAAAACAUGCUAUAGUCCAAGAUUUAUGGAAUUCUACAAGUGUAAACAGAUCAUAGACUAUCUUUCUGUUGUUGAUUUUCUGAUCUCAGGUGCGCAUGCAGUAGGUAAUAUUUUUGGAAUCACGAUUUAUAUUUCUUUAUUUACGAUUAUUGAGUUUGUAUUGUCAAGCUUGUCGCUAAUCAUGAUACAGAUUGACUUUAAAUUUCAGGAAAAAACAUUUAAAAAGUAUGUAUUGAUAGCCAUGUGGUUAGAUGUAAUAUUUUCCGUGGUUUCGUUUAUUUUUGCCGUUAGCUAUGUAAGGCAGCCGUUUAACACAUGCAACUUUGUGCUGACUGCAUGCGACUUUCUGUUUAAGCUGCUAGUCGAUUUGGUACUGUUUUAUCACAUGUACAGAUACAAGAAGCUGGCAGUUUCUCUGGAGUGGCAAAAGCACAUAAUGAAGCGCAAACCGAUAUAUCUGUAA